AUGCUCGCGCCCCGUGCCUCGAGCGCAUUCGUAUGCCUCCGAUGUGAGCUCCAGCUGGCCCGCCCGCGCCUGCCUGCCCUCGCCCGCCGCCCGCUGCACCCAGCCUUUUCCGCUUCCACACGCCGCCACGAUGGCCCCGACGAGCCCGCACCCCCAGCAGUGUCGUCGCCCCCAGACGUAUCGUCAGCAUCGUCGCCCACGCCGGCGCCACCAGCCCAACACACCGGCCCCACCAUCAUCAAAGUGCGGCGCCAGAGGAACAAGACGGUCAGCCAGUCGACUGCCAAGCUCGGCGGCCUCAAGCAGCUGGGCGACGACGCAGACAUCCUCGUCAUCCGCGAAGACACCGACCCCGAGCCGCCCGAGGUGAAGGCCGAGCAGGCCGAGCUGCUGGAGGUGCCCGACAUCCUCGCCGCCCUGCAGCAGGAACGCAACGCCCUCGCCCCCGAGGACGUCUACAAGCAGCUCGAGAGCCUGCGCCCCCACACGCUCGCCGCCCCCACGGAGCCCCAGUACGUGUCGCAGACGACGUUUGUGAAGCUGGUGCGCAUCCUGACCGAGGGCUUCACUGUCCUGCAGCUGUCGCACUUCUACUCGGUCGCCAAGAACGUGCAGGAGAAGAACGUCUACCAGGACCUGCUCGACGGCUUCAAGGCCCACAAGGACGAGACCAAGCAGUCGCCCGACCGCUCCGACUGGCACCCCGGCACCACGCCCCUCACCAGACGCCUCCCGGGCUCCGGCAUAGGCCACAAGCCGAGGCGCAAUGCCGUCAACAAGCCGCUGCUGGUCGAUCGCAUCCUGAGGGACGUGUGGAAGCUGGUCCUGCUCGAGGAGAUUGAGGCCCCUGGCGAGCUCGAGCUGUCCCUGCGGCCGUGGCAGCUCGCCCUGCUCAACGCCGGAGACAAGAAGACCAUACUCGACAACAUCGGCCGUUCGAGACGAGCCAAACUCGAGGUCGACUGGCGGCACGCCGUCCUCCGCAUCACAGCAGACAAGAACACGGCCGAGUACGCCGCCAACGAUGUCGAAGCCGCUCUUGCGACUGUCGAGACGAAGAAGAUGGACCUAAGGCUAUGGGUCCCACGGCUGGUUGGUGGCAAGGCGGCGGAUCUGGCUGCUGUGUGCUCUCAACAGGACUUUGACAUGAUUACUUCCGUCACUCGCGCCAAUGUCCAGAGAGCCCACGACGGUGAUCAGCUGGUCAUUCGUGGACUGGACAAAACCUCCGUCACAGAGGCCGAACAGAUGCUCUUCGGUGUCCUGCCCUUCACGGCACCUGCCACUCGCACCAUUGACUCCCUGAAGCUGGGUGGUGACAAUAACCCGGGUUACCUACUACCCGUAUUGGAUGAGGGUAACUCCCUGCACCACAAAUUCCGCAGUACAAAAUUAGGCCGUUGGUCGUCACCCAUUGCUCGUUCAUCAAACUCUACACCCGAAGAAGAUCAAAUCCAGCACGUCAAAUCGAACCAAGCAACGUCCAGACUCGUCGACCGAGCUAUGUUAACUCUUAUGCAAACAGCAGAUGAAGCUACCAAAACCGCUCCAAAACCAAAAGAACCUGAGGAACCCGAAGAACCCGAAGAACCCGAAGAACUCGAAAAGCCUAAAGAGCCUAAAGAGCCCAAAGAACCCGAAGAGUUGGCGUCUUGGUCUUUGGAGCCCGAGUUCAAGUUGACAGCAGACUUUGGUCAAGUGCUCUUUCCUCUCAAGAGCACAUCCCCUGACAAGGCAGUCAAGACGGCUCUCGCUCAGACGUCCCAGUCACCCUUUUGGCUUGCCAUGCCCGGCCUAGCCAACAUCCUCACUUCGGAUAACCUUGGAACAACAGCGCGCACAGAAGCUCCCUCACUUCUAUACGAUUUCGUUCCCGCUCCCUCUUCUGAACAACCUACGGCCUUCGAGGCCCGCCAAACCUUCCCGAGUCUUCACAUUCAAGUACGCACGUCACGCUUUGGAGGCAAAGCUGAUGUUCAUAAAAUCAGUCUUGGGUUUAAGGAGCGCGUGCAUGACGUGCUACUCCCAGACAAGGCAACAGAUGUGAGAUUCCAUCGAUAUGGUCGCCUGCGAUUCAACCAGAAUGUCGACGACGAGAACAUUGCCAAAUGGACAGAAGCUGUUCGCGCAAAUCUUGAGAGCGGGGGCCGUCUCACCGCGCCAUCGCUCUGUGUCGAGGUCCCCAAAUGGCUCCUAUACGAUGCUGACGUCAAAGGCACCUGCACUGUCAGAUAUCUCUGCUCGGGUAUCCAUUUCAGGCAAACAGUCACAGGCAGCUUUCUCAACGUCCCAGUCUCUUACAGCGCAGUGCAAUCGGGAAAGGCGGGUGCCAAGGGCGGUUGUUUGACCGCGUACUACGGCAGCGAGUAUAAUGACAACUUGUUCACAAAUCACAUGGGGAUGAAGGAGUGGUUGAAGACGUGCCUGACUAUGGCAGAUCAUAUUACCAAGGCAGGGAGCAAAACGAUACCCGUGAGUAAGGUGCGGAACCCAAGAAUGGAGGUUAGCGAGAGGAAAUUGAGGAGGGCGAGGGCGCGGGACGAGGGUGUUGCCGCGGGCGAAGACGGAGAUGAGUCUGCGGGUUUCGAUGACGACAACGCCGCAGCUCAGGACUCAACCUCGGAGUUGCAAGAGCAGCAUCAAACUCAGGAUGACAUGACCGGUGAUCAGGUCACAUCGGCCGAGCCAAUUUUCGUCAAUGAAGAUGGUGUGAUUCAGCACACCGCUGCCGAGGACAUGGAAGACCCAUUGAUGGCUAGUAUGCUCGCAUUAAACUCCACCGAGCCGGCCGAAAGUGAAGACCAGAAUGAGGGUCUGGAGGGGGAAGAAGGCGAUCAGCCGAUCAAGUCUUCAGCAUGA